GUUGAUUACAUUCUGAGGAACGCCGCCUUUGUCAUCGCACUCCACAAAACAAACUUAGAUGCGACCAGCAACCUCCUCUGCACCUCUGGCAGUCUUGGCGCUGCUGCUGCAGCCUCAUGCCGUCCACAGCAUUAGACAGCUGCAACUUCAUCGCAGCAAUGCCUAUGAUGUCUCCAUCAAGAGAAACCUACAUACCAACGAGCGCCACCGCCGCCUCGACGAUGGACUGUACGAGGUCGUGCCGUUAAACCUCGGGAUGGGCACCCAUUACACGUGGAUCUACGCCGGUACGCCGCCACAACGCGCAUCAGUCAUUGUGGACACUGGCAGCCAUCAGCUUGCGUUUCCAUGCAAGGGAUGCACGGGCUGCGGAAAGCACACGGACGUUCCAUUCGAUGCGUCCAAGUCGUCGUCGCUGGUGUACCCUACGUGUGAAGAUGUUGGCAAGGACACGGCGAUCACAUGCGCAUCGUGCACGAAGAACAACACUUGCGAAGUGAACCAAAUGUACUCGGAAGGGAGCAGUUGGAAGGCGGUGGUGGUCGAAGACAACGUGUGGCUGGGCGAUAAAGCAGAAUCGGACACUGACAACAACUUUAGCACGAGGUUUCGCUUUGGGUGUCAGUACCACGAGACAGGUCUCUUCACGACCCAAGUGGCCGACGGAAUCAUGGGACUUUCCACCAAAGCGCCGACUGUGAUCAAGAAGCUGUUUCAAGAUGACAAAAUCUCCCAAAAUGUGUUUUCGCUCUGCUUUACCUCCACCGGAGGCGCCAUGACAGUCGGGAGCCAUCACUCCCCCCCUCGCCAUGAAGAAGACAUGAAGUUUGCCAAAGUGAGCUUUGAUGCUACGGGAUGGUACGCAUUAGACGUGCGCGGUAUUCGCAUCCACGGCGAGGACAUCCAUAUCGACUCGCCGCGGCUGUUAAAUGGCGGGCGGAAAGUGGUCAUUGAUAGCGGUACCACCGACUCGUACCUUCCUGACGCGCUCGUGGGGGAGUUCAAUCGCGUGUUCCAGAAGGUCAUGGGGAAAAAGUACGUCACGGGCGGUAUGGACGGAUAUACCGAGGACGAAGUUGAGCUGCUUCCGACGAUUGAAUAUGUCCUCGCAGGAGUCGAUGAAGACGAUGUUGUGAUGACGAUCCCACCGAGUCGAUACCUGAAAAAGAAGGCAAACGGACGGUUCUACUCGUCGAUCCUGUUGGACGAACCAGGUGGCGGCAUCAUCGGUGCCAACCUCAUGCUCAACCACGAUUUUGUGUUUGACGCGGAUCGGAAUCGAGUGGGAUUUGCUAAAGCUAAUUGCGGUAGGAAGAGGCACAGGUGGUGGUGGUGGUUGAUGGCGUUUGGUAGAGUUUGAAGAAGUGGUUGCCGCGACGGAUGCAUCGUCGUCGCUAGGCAGCGAGGAAGAUUAUCCGUUGGUGUUGACGUUGGGAGGGGUAGCCAUCGCGUUGUUGUUUAUCGUUGGGAUGGCUGUUGCCGUGUGCAAGUCAAAAGAUCCGCGAUGGACCCAAGUCAACUUGAACGAGUUGGACGUUGACGAAGAAGCUGGGCUCGUUGUGAGUUCGGUGACCGAGAAGGAAGACGGUGCUGCGUCCGUGACGGAGGAAGGCGAGGCAUCAUACGACACCCCUCCAGACGAAGAUGACGAGUUCUUCAACGCGCAGCAUGAGGAUGCGGUCGACGGCGCGGACAAGGCCGAGCUGCAUCGCAUGGACCUGUAGAUUGAUCGAAUUUGAGCAGUAAAUUGUGUUGGUUGUUUCCGGAUAAACGUGUUUGAAAUCCGGAUAACACGAGCCAAUCUAACGAACUCUCCAAGAUACAAUUGACC